CUCGCGUCUUCGGGACUCUCUCUCUCUCUCACACACACGCACACACACACCUCUUCAUCAGUGCUCGAGUCCUGCUGGAGUUAUUCGUCAGUUUUGCAGGGUGGUCCUUCAGGCUGUUCAUUGAGGAGGAGAAAAAGUGAGUCCAGAUGCCAGUGUGCGCACAGCUGUGCCGCGUAAACGCGCGUCAAACGCUCCAGAACUGAGGAAAACGCGAGCGAACUCCUUUCACAAUCGCCGAGGACUGAAAUAUCACGACACGCAGUUUUGGAGGAAACGCAACAAACUUGGAGCGAAUAAAAAUGCAACUUGUUGAUGUUUCGCAACGCGCGUGAAGCACCAUGAUCUCUCCUGUCAACAGGUAACAGCGAGACCAGUUUGGAGAAGAGCUAAACCCAGUUUGGAGAAGAGCACAACAUGUCUGAGGAGAACUGAGGAGACCUUCGGGACUUUAAACUUCUUCACGCUGAUGUUUACCAUGCGGACUAUAGACUGAUCCAGGAUCAGGAUCAUGUCCUGCGGCCGAAGCCGACAGAAAGACUGGACGUGGAGAGAUUUGUGAAUUCUGAUCUCAGUUAUUAUAUUAUUGUGCUGAUAUGAUGGCCUCGGAGGUGGUGUGUGGACUCAUAUUCAGACUCAUUCUCCCAGUGUGCCUCGCUGCAGCAUGUUUGUUCCGGUACAACUGGCUGUCCUUCGUCUACCUCAUCUACCUCUUGCUGAUCCCACUGUUCGCCGAGCCCACGAAGACCACGAUGCGAGGACACACAGGGCGUUUGCUGAGAUCGCUGUGUUUCACCAGUGUGACGUUCCUGCUUCUGCAUCUCAUCUUCCAAAUCACGAUCAACAGCCUGAUGGCAGGAGACAACAUCGAGCCCGACUUCAACUGUGAGUACUGA